CCGCCGCCGCCGCCGCCCCUUCCCGUCGGGUGGGCGCGGGAAGCCCGAGCGCGCGCGAUGGAGCCGAGCGGGCCCGAGGCCGGCCCGGCGCCGCCGCAGCAGGUGCAGUGCCCCGUGUGCCAGCUGGCCGUGCCCGCCGCGCAGGUCAACGCGCACCUGGACCGCUGCCUGCUGCAGCCCGCGCCCAAGCGGCGGCGCCCGUCGGGGCCCGACGGCGACGGCGACGCGGACGGCGGCGACGCGCCCGCGCCCCCGGCCGACCCCCAGCCCGCGCCCCCGCCCGCGCCCCCGGCCGAGCCCCCGCCCGCGCCCCCGGGCCCCGCGGCGGGAGCCCCCGGCGGGGCGGCCGCGCUCCGGCAGGCGCUGCAGGGGCGGCCGCUGGCCGACAGGAUGCGGCCCUGCGCGCUGCGGGACCUGGUCGGGCAGAGCCGCGCGCUGGGCCGGGACUCGCUGCUGCGCGCGCUGCUGGACGCCAACGAGGUGCCCUCGCUCAUCCUCUGGGGCCCGCCGGGCUGCGGCAAGACCACCCUGGCCCACAUCAUAGCCAACAACAGCAAGAAGCACGGCGUCAGGUUCGUGACCCUGUCGGCCACCAGCGCCAAGACCACCGACGUGCGUGACGUCAUAAAGCAGGCCCAGAACGAGAAGAGCUUCUUCAAGAGGAAGACCAUCCUCUUCAUCGACGAGAUCCACCGCUUCAACAAGUCGCAGCAGGACACCUUCUUGCCGCACGUGGAGUGCGGGACGAUCACGCUGAUCGGGGCCACCACCGAGAACCCUUCCUUCCAAGUCAACGCCGCCCUCCUCAGCCGCUGCCGGGUGAUCGUCCUGGAGAAGCUGCCCGUGGACGCGAUGGUGACGGUCCUGACGCGCGCGCUCGACUCCCUGGGGGUCCGCGUCCUGGACUCCAGCCGCCCCGAGGACCCUCUGAGCCACAGCAGCGACAGCGGUGCCGAGCCGCCCGUGUUCAUCGAGGACAAAGCGGUGGACACUCUGGCGUGUCUCAGCGACGGGGACGCCCGGGCGUGCCUGAACGGGCUGCAGCUGGCGCUGCUGGCCCGGCUGAGCAAGGGCGGGCAGGCGUGCCCCCCCGGCCGGCUGCUGGUCACCGAGACGGACGUGAAGGAAGGCCUGCAGCGCUCGCACGUGCUCUACGACCGGGCAGGCGAGGAGCACUACAACUGCAUCUCGGCGCUGCACAAGUCGAUGCGGGGCUCGGAUCCGAGCGCGGGGCUGUACUGGCUGGCCCGCAUGCUGGAGGGCGGCGAGGACCCGCUGUACGUGGCGCGCAGGCUGGUGCGCUUCGCCAGCGAGGACGUGGGCCUGGCCGACCCGUCUGCGCUCACACAGGCCGUCGCCGCCUACCAAGGCUGCCACCUCAUCGGCAUGCCCGAGUGCGAGGUGCUCCUGGCCCAGUGCGUGGUCUACCUGGCCCGAGCCCCCAAGUCGGUGGAGGUGUACCGUGCCUACAACAACGCCAAGGCCUGCGUGCGCAGCCACCCGGGGCCGCUGCCGCCCGUCCCGCUGCACCUGCGCAACGCGCCCACGCGGCUCAUGAAGGAGCUGGGCUACGGCCAGGGCUACGUGUACAACCCGGCCGCGCGCGGGCCCGUGCAGCAGGACUACCUGCCCGAGGGGCUGCGCGGCCUCGACUUCUUCCAGCCGCCCCACUGCUGACCGCGCCGGUGCCGCGUGCUGCUGACCGCGGGCAGUGGCGUCUGCUGACCGCGGCAGUGACCAUGUGCUGCUGACUGCGGCAGUGACCAUGUGCUGUUGACCGCGGCAGUGACCAUGUGCUGCUGACCGCGGCAGUGUCCGUGUGCUGCUGACCACAACAGUGUUCGUGUGCUGCUGACCGCGGCAGUGCCCGUGUGCUGGUGGCCGCGGGCAGGUGACUGUGUGCUGACCGCGGCAGUGACCGUGUGCUGACCGCGGCAGUGUCCGUGUGCUGCUGACCGCGAGUGUCCGUGUGCCGGUGGCCGCGGGGCCCGCCCCGGAGACGACAGCGCAGUGCCCUGGAGCCCGUCGGAGGCCUCUGUUUCCUCAGGAGUGGAGUCUCGGUGGGAGAGACGGGUGCUGCCGGGUCUUGGCGGAGUGAAAAUGUCGUUGUGCUUUAAUGCCGCCGCGAGUGGGGUGUCUUUCUGACGCGCAGAGGCCUUCUGAGCCAGUAAAGCCAUUUCCCAGCCCCCUGCGGCGCCUCUGUCCUUCCCGCGCUUGGUUCCGCGUCCUGGGCCGGGGCCAGGGAGGGGCGUGGGAGGGGCGGGGGCUGCCCACGGGCCCAGCCCAGCACCCCCAGGCGAGGGGUCUCCGGCCUUGUGAGCGACACCCCCCUGCCUGGCACUUGGCCCCCGGGAGACAGGGGCCCCCGCGGCUCAGCUUCUGGGGGCCCUGGUGGGGGGGCCCGAGCUCUUGCUCGGGGGUCGCCGUGCUGGCAUGGCCCAGCGUGCUCAGCCCUGCACCCCCCGCCCCCGCCGAGCCUGCCCACCGCUGCCUCUCGUCAGACCCGCGGCGUCAGACCGGGACCCCUGUGAGCUAGAACCUUCUCUGCCCCAAGGAUGGCCUUGGCGCGUGUGCCCACUAGGGGGCAGCCUUCCACCGUGAUUUCCACGUCUCGGCAGCCUUGGUGGCGCCCAGGCCGGGCCGACCCAGUCUCCCCAUUAACCUGCUUUUCAAACAGAGACUGA